AUGUAUGGGAAUUCCACAGUCCACGAGUGAUACAGUAGCCUCAAUUCCUCAGUCAGAAACCACGGGACCUCAAAAAGCAGAUCUGAUUUGUUUUGGUGUUUACUUUUAUUCUAUUCAAAAUAAAACACGAUACCUUAAGAAGAUUGCGUGUGCAUUUUUUCUUUUACCGACCGACCGAGAAAUCUAGAAGAAGUGAAAAAUCCACAUCACCAUUCGCCAUUCACUAUACGGGAAGUCUAGAGGUAACCAGAUUGCCUAUUAUAUAUAAAUACCCAGACAGAGAAGACAAAUAUCACAUCAAACCCAAUCUCCUGAUACGAACAACAACAACACAACCCAACCACCAUGGUUAAAGCAAUUAGAAUUCAUGAGCACGGCGGCCCUGAGGUCUUGACAUGGGAAGAUGUUCAAGUCCCAGAUCCAAAAGAAGGAGAAAUCAAAUUGAAGCAAAAGGCAGUUGGUCUAAAUUUCUUGGAUGUGUAUAUGCGUCGAGGUGAGCAGAAUCUAGCUCCACCCUUGCCAUAUAUCCCAGGUAUGGAAGGAGCCGGAGUUGUAACAGCGGUGGGUCCCGGAGUAACCAGUUGCAAAGUCGGAGAUGUCGUGGCUUACGCUAGCGCGGAGGUGGGUUCUUACGCCCAAGAGAGAAUACUUCCCGCAGAUCUAGCGGUGCCUGUUCCUUCUUCCGUUGAUCCCGUUGACGCAGCCGCCGCCAUUUUUAAGGGUCUCACUGCACAUGUUUUGAUCCAUAAAGGCUUUAAAGUUGAACCUGGACAUACGAUCCUGGUACAUGCGGCGGCAGGUGGAGUCGGAUCUUUGGUUUGUCAAUGGGCAAAUGCGAUUGGAGCCACCGUCAUCGGAACGGUGUCGACCAAGGAGAAGGCUGAGCAGGCGAAAGAAGAUGGAUGUCACCAUGUGAUUCUUUACAAAGAGGAGAACUUUGUGGAUCGUGUGAUGGAGAUUACAUCAGGCAAAGGGCUGGAAGUAGUCUACGAUUCAGUCGGAAAAGACACCUUCAAUGGAUCAUUAGCGUGCUUAAAGAACCGUGGAUACAUGGUGCUUUUCGGGACUGCCUCAGGUGUACCAGAGCCUCUGCGUGUUGAACAGAUUGCACCCAAAUCACUCUAUUAUACGUUUUCAUCAAUCACAGAAUACACGGUUGAGAAUCGAAAGGAGCUGCUUGUGGCUGCUCAAGACUUGUUCUCUAAUAUUGCAAAAGGAGUGUUGAGGAUUCGUCUUAAUCAUAAGUAUCCUCUGUCUCAAGCAACCCAAGCUCAUAUUGAUCUUGAGAGUCGAAAAACAUCGGGAUCGGUUGUGUUGAUCCCAGACGAGGAGUGAUUUCAGAAGUUCCAUAUUUGUUGUAUGUUUACUAUCUAUAUGUCUACGUUUUGUUGUUUCUUUUGUAUUCCAAUGUAGCUUUGUAAUUUUUUGUGACGAGGAUUACAUAUCCCAACACCAAAUUCAAUUUUGUAAUAUAACGUCACUGUCUUAUUUUAUUCUA